GGCGCCACUGAGUUGUGCCAUAGCAACUCAUCUCGGUGUCGUCGUGAAAGCUUUGAACACUAUGAGCCAGUGAAGUGUAUCCGUCGGGACAGUGGCGUGAAAAUGGCGGUGUAAAAAUGGCAGGACGUAGAUCGACGUUGACAAAUGCUGAUUCCCUGUCGGGAUCGGGGAAUGGUGACCCUUUAAGAGAGUUGUUCGAGGCUUGCAAAACCGGAGACCUCCCGAGGGUAAAGGCGUUGGUUACACCGAAGACGGUCAAUGCUCGAGACACUGCCGGACGCAAGUCCACCCCUCUGCAUUUUGCAGCUGGUUAUGGUAGAAGGGAUGUAGUAGAAUUCCUACUCUCUGCCGGAGCAUCCAUUCAAGCAAGAGAUGACGGUGGUUUACAUCCUUUGCACAAUGCCUGCUCUUUUGGACAUUCGGAUGUGGUAAGGCUUCUCUUGGAAGCAGGAGCUAAUCCGAAUACUAGGGACAAUUGGAAUUACACUCCUUUGCACGAAGCUGCCAUUAAGGGUAAAAUAGAUGUGUGUAUAGCUCUGCUGCAACAUGGAGCGGAUGCAAAUAUAAGGAACACUGAAGGGAAGACAGCUUUAGAGUUAGCAGAUCCUGCAACUAAACCAGUAUUAACAGGGGAGUAUAAAAAAGAUGAAUUGCUGGAGGCCGCAAGAUCAGGGAACGAGGAACGUCUCCUACAGCUUUUAAACCCAUUAAAUGUAAACUGCCAUGCAAGUGAUGGCAGGAGAUCCACACCAUUACAUUUAGCUGCUGGAUACAAUAGGUCUAGAGUAGUGCAAAUACUGCUCCAAAAUGGUGCAGAUGUGCAUGCUAAAGAUAAAGGUGGUCUCGUUCCACUCCACAAUGCCUGCUCUUAUGGCCAUUUUGAGGUAACUGAAGCGCUUCUUAAACACGGUGCAGCUGUUAAUGCGAGCGACUUGUGGGCAUUCACCCCGCUGCACGAAGCUGCUAGUAAAUCCAGAGCCGAGGUGUGCUCGCUACUUUUGAGCGAGGGUGCGGAUCCAACUCAAUUAAACUGCCACAGUAAAAGCGCCAUUGACGUGGCUCCGACAUUGGAACUGCAAGAAAGAUUAGCAUACGAAUACAAGGGACACUGCCUCUUGGAUGCCUGCAGGCAGGCAGAUCUUACUAAGUUAAAAAAGUACCUGUCCCAAGAAGUUGUAAACUUUAAACACCCAUAUACUGGGGACACACCACUGCACUGUGCCGUUGCAUCUCCCUAUCCCAAGAGAAAACAAGUAAUAGAAUCAUUGAUUAGGAAAAAUGCUGCCUUAAAUGAGAAAAAUAAAGACUUUCUAACGCCACUUCAUGUGGCCACUGAUCAUUCUCAUUAUGAUGCAAUGGAUGUGCUACUUAGACAUAAUGCUAAAGUCAAUGCUUUAGAUGGAUUAGGGCAAACUGCACUACACAGGUGCGUUAGAGAAGACAAUGUGCAAGCUUGCAGAAUAUUGUUAUCAUACAAUGUUGAUCCAUCUAUAGUAUCGCUUCAGGGCUAUACUGCGGCACAAGUAGCUGCAGAAAAUGUCCUUAAAAUACUACAAGAUCCGCCAAGCGAGACGGACGAUGCCGAAGCGCAGCUCUUGGAAGCAAGUAAAUCCGGAGAUUUAGCGGCGGUUGAAAGAAUUUUGCAAACGAACCCGCAUGCCGUUAAUUGCCGUGACUUGGAUGGUAGGCACUCCACGCCGCUGCACUUUGCAGCGGGAUUUAAUAGAGUGCCUGUAGUCGAAUAUUUAUUGGCACAUGGAGCAGACGUACACGCCAAAGAUAAAGGUGGACUGGUUCCCUUACACAAUGCCUGCUCUUACGGUCAUUACGAGGUAACGGAAUUAUUAGUAAAACACGGUGCAUCAGUGAACGUUGCAGAUUUGUGGAAAUUUACACCGCUGCACGAGGCUGCUGCUAAAGGAAAAUAUGAGAUAGUUCGAUUGUUAUUAAGACACGGUGCAGACGCCACCAAAAAGAAUAGGGACGGUGCGACUCCGUUGGAUUUAGUUAGGGACGGUGACCAAGACGUAGCGGACUUGCUGCGAGGAAAUAGUGCUCUUCUAGAUGCAGCUAAGAAAGGCAAUCUGGCUAGAGUACAACGACUAGUUACCCAAGAUAAUAUCAAUUGUAGGGAUGCGCAGGGUCGCAACAGUACUCCGUUACACUUAGCCGCGGGAUACAAUAACUUGGAAGUGGCGGAAUUUUUGCUUGAACGUGGAGCCGACGUGAACGCUCAGGAUAAAGGAGGAUUGAUACCUUUGCACAAUGCUUCGAGUUAUGGUCACUUAGAUAUCGCCGCGUUGCUGAUUAAAUAUAAUACCGUGGUGAACGCAACUGAUAAAUGGGGUUUCACGCCACUUCACGAAGCAGCACAGAAGGGAAGGACGCAACUGUGCGCUCUUUUGUUGGCUCAUGGUGCGGAUCCCUUCUUGAAAAAUCAGGAGGGGCAAACACCUGUGGAUUUAGCUAGUGCUGACGACGUACGAUGCUUAUUGCAAGAUGCUAUGGCCACACAGCAAGUAGUACCUUCGGUGCCAUCGGGUAACGGUGGCGUAGGAGUGGCUAUUAAUUUGAGUGGUAAUGGUAGUAAUACUAUUAAUAGUAGGCCACCCAGUAUAGUUGCAGUUCCAGUUACACCUCCACCGCCACUUACUCAAGAAACCGUCAUUAUGCCUUCAGGAACGGCUAUGACUCUUUGCGUACCACUCGCUAGACCAUCUUCUUGUUUAAGUCCAAUGCCACCAUCCGAAACAUGCUCCGAGAGAGACUCUAAAGAUUCAAAAGACAAUACAAACAUCACGACCGUAGCUGGUUUCCUUCAAAGCCUUGGUUUAGAGCACCUGUUAGAGCUGUUUGAACGGGAACAGAUUACGUUAGACAUAUUGGCAGAGAUGGGCCAUGAGGAUUUGAAACAAGUCGGAGUUUCCGCAUACGGGUAUAGGCAUAAGUUGAUCAAAGGAAUGGAGAAACUUUUGAACACCACUGCUGGCACUCCUUGGCAACCGACUCUCACACCCGGAACGCUCUUAGUGGAUCUGCUAGCAGAAGACAAAGAAUUUUUAGCCGUUGAAGAGGAAAUGCAGAGUACUAUUAGACAACAUAGGGAUAACGGUCACUCCGGUGGCAUAUUUUCGAGAUAUAACAUAGUUAGGAUACAAAAAGUGCAAAAUCGCAAAUUGUGGGAACGUUACGCUCAUAGGAGACAGGAGGUGGCAGAGGAAGUUGGUGCUGCGGCACCUUCCUCACCUGGUACCACUUCGAGGACUACUCCUGGUUCGACCUUGCCUCAGGCUAAUGAAAGAAUGCUGUUCCAUGGGAGCCCAUUUAUUAAUGCCAUUGUUCAGAAGGGAUUUGAUGAACGGCAUGCUUAUAUCGGUGGUAUGUUCGGCGCUGGAAUUUAUUUUGCCGAGCACAGCAGUAAAAGCAAUCAAUACGUUUACGGUAUAUGCGGGGGCACUGGAUGUCCAGCUCACAAGGAUAGGAGUUGUUAUAUUUGUCACAGACAUUUGUUACUCUGUCGCGUCACAUUGGGCAAAUCAUUUUUGCAUUUCUCCGCGAUGAAAAUGGCUCAUGCACCGCCGGGUCAUCACAGUGUGAUGGGGAGGCCGUCGCAGGGUGGUUUGUUCUUCCCCGAGUACGUCGUCUACAGAGGUGAACAAGCAUAUCCGGAAUACCUAAUCACCUAUCAGAUUGCAAGACCUCAGCCAGAGAGUGGCGGAAGCGAAAGUGUCGAGGAACGGUGAUCGGAAGAGUCUAGCCCUGCGGCAAGAUUGCGAAGUCUCUGUUGCUGCCAGAGACCUCGAACAUGUAACACACUGUCUUAAUCGUACAAUGACACGUGUACAUUCACAACCGGAGUAUCACUCAUCAAAAAAUUCAUUUGUUCGAAAACUUUAAGAUAGGAUACUCUUCCUUCAACAGUUUCAUAGGACCUUUUUAGGAUGGUAAACUGUUUAGCCUGGAUUCGCCGGAAUAUGUAAAUCUAGGGUAAAUAAGUUCUAAUUUAAUUUCGAUUUCUAAGCGAUUCUUCCUUUCUUUUCAUUAUUUGCCGAAGUAUGAAGAUCGCUUUAAUGAAUCCAUAUUACACAGCGAUAAGCGAGACCAUUAGCUGUAUCUGUCGGGUUUGUUUAUUUAAAGUUCAAAGAAGACAAUUGAUAGGACAUUUAAUUUUUAGCAUUUAUUUGUGAUAACGUAAUGGUCCGAUUCGACCACGCAAUCAUACACGACUGAUUAUUGAUGUAUAUUAACUACGGUGUAUAUAUUAUAUCAGCAUGAACUAGAAUAUCAAAGACCAGCAUGAUUUUUUAUGUGAAUCGAUAAAUGUUUGUCUCUAUUAUGGAGAAUCAUGAUACGUAUGUAGGAUUAUAGGAUUAAUGAUCAAUAUGUCCGAGAAUUACGAUACUGUCAUCAUUGCACACAUAUGUAUGCAAGUAAUUAUAAUAACUACUAGUUAUUACGCCUAAAUUGUCAUCGGAUAAUGAUGUGACAUUGUGUCUUUCGAAAAGAAACCAUUUUUGAAUGGAAGACAUAAUAUUUCUAUGUCUGUGUCAAUUUUGAAUUAAAUAAUUAUGCUGGUUAGAAGUAACUGCUCUAAUCAUAUGCGUUACAGGUAAAGUCUGUGAAGGAAUAUUUAAUUUUUAAAUAACUACCCAAUGAACCAAAAUGAAAAUUAUUCAUACAACGAAUGGUAUUAUAUUUAGUAUUCGUAUUGUUCUUGCGGAGCUUCUAUCAUCACAUUACAAAGAUUUUUAAAUUUUCAUUUAAAUUAGACUUGUUGGACUUUACCUCUAACAUGUAUAUACGUAUGCGAGUAUUUUAUAUAUUCGGUUGAUAUAGAUCAGGCAUAGAAUAAUUCAUUCAUGUUGACGAUAUUAUCAACAGGGUUCCUAUAAGCUCGUAGUAAUUUUUUAAUACUGUACAUAUACAUAUGUAUACAUUUUAUUGUACAUAUAUUUUUUCUUUUCAACGAAACACGCUGAUUGGUUAUCAUUAGCCAAUUAUACUUUCAUGUGAGUUGUGAUUUGGUUUCUCUCAGGUCAUACAGUCUAAUCGCAAGCAUGCUUUCAUCUUUUAAAAUAGACAACGAAGCCAUUUCUUUUUUUUUUACGUGCUAUUAAUUAUGAGAAGAAAGUCGUUUAACGCGGAUCAUGCAAAGCAAUUUCAUCAUAAUUGGAGGUACAUAUUCUGUUACGCGAAGCAAUCGUGAUGAACCUAAAUCUAUGAAUAUCUAUGAAUAGGAAAUUAUUCUUAUUAUUUAUUGUCGUAGCUAAAGCAAUCUUUCUAAAAGUAAUAAGAGUAAUCUUGCUUCGAACGAUUUGCGGCAUUUUAUCGUUUGUGUGUGCGUAUACAUUGGGGCAAUGAAGCCACUUAUAACUCAAUCAAGAAGAGAAAAAGAAAAGAAAUAGAAAGAACAGUUUGCGGCUACAUAAUUGUAAGAGUGUUCGAGGAAAACGAAUGUUUUUAAUAUUAUCUCGUUACACUCCCAUAAUUAUUUAGGUGGCGGUUUUAUUUAUGGGUGUAUAUAUCAAGUAUGUGUUCGUUAAGCAAGUGCUCAAGAUGACGCAACAAAUCAGACGUUCAUCAAUUUUGCGUUCUUACAUGGAAGAUAGAGGAAAACGAACCAAGUAAUAGCGAACUAACAGAUGCAACACGGAAAAAGAUCUGCCCUUGUGUUAGUUGCAUUUAAAACAGACAGUCAAUCGAGCGUGUUCGAUUAUUAUGCUUUAAUUGUAAGAAGAAAAAAAUGGACUGAUUCAAAGAAGAAAAAAAAAAGAAUUCUUUUUAUCGUUACGUUCGAUCUUAAACUUUAUUUUGUCGUCUCCUCGCCUUGCGAUUAAUUUUUUCGUAAAAAUCGGUGUUUUAAUAAAUUGUGUGAUAACGAUACGGAUGGCAGAACAGUCGGUACAGUUUGUUUAUUCAAACGAUAUAUAAAAAUUUAUUGAGUGGACAUUGUCCUUCAUACGACGAUGCCUUUACAUUUCGAGCUUCCCGGCGAAGGGGUAUCAAGUUUUAGGUGUUUGUAAUCUUUCGCUGUGUGACAAUGGACUUAACGGAGCACGCUAGAAUAUAAUAGACAUCUUCGCCUUGAGGCAGCAUGGCGGCGUGUCGUAUUACCCACGAGGACUCGUUUGUACCUACGUUCGUACCCCGCCCGCAUCUUCACACGCAUUAGCGACAAAGUAAACGAAUUUCUUUCAAUGACCGACGAUCGUAGAGCAGCUUGUACUGUUUACAAAUUCUUAUCGGCGACGUUACUUUUAUGGCGCAACUGGUUCAUAUAUAAAACACCGAUAAACGUAAUUUUCGGAUUCAGUGACAAACAUUAUUAAUUACUCUCGUCGUCUGUUUGAACAUCCCACAUCAUUCAAUGAUUCAUCGCUUUUAUAUACAGAACCACCGAAAGGGCACAAUUCUAAGGGCUCCAUUCUCGUCGUCGUUAAUAUGAUUAAUAAUUAUUUGUGUUAAAUCAUCCCUGUUGUGACUUCGAAUCCAGGUCUUCCUUUACUUUGAAUCGGUCAACCAUUUAACCGGGAAACCUAUUUGCAAAUAAACAGAACAAUCCGUACUACAAACUAAA